CAGCAGUCUCUAGCCACAUCCCGCUGUGCGUUACACGGACUUCAUUUAGCUUUCCUUCACCUGAUGAAUAUUUCACCUAAAAAGUCGCAAACGUUGUAUUUUUUGAGGAUCGGUUACCUGACUGUCCUUGACAUUCAUACAGUCAUCAACCAUGCUUAUUCAAAUUCAGUGAUAUGGAGAAGAUGUAGUAAUGGAGAAGCUGACGAGUUUUGGUAAGGAAAACCGUUCUGAGGAACGAGGGGUGCUCCAUACAUGGAAGGGUUACUCCUACAGUGUUACUCCAGAAAAAGUGCUCCUCUCUCAGCCUGUGAUCCAGGUCGCAUUGGGGUCCAAACAUGGGGUUCUGCUGGUGGAAGGUGGGCAGGUGUAUAGUUUUGGAGAACUUCAAUGGAAGCAGAACCCAUCAGCAUUACGGACUACAGAACCAGUCCUAGAGGCGGGACUAAGCGAGCAGCGAGUCGCCUCAGUGGCUGCAGGCAGCUUCCACAAUGGGGCGGUUACAGAAGAUGGCACUGUGCACAUGUGGGGGGACAAUACAUAUGGCCAGUGUGGACUAUCAGGACUCUCUGUCGUUCCCAAUCCCACCCCUGUGGGCGUGGUGGACGGUGAGAUUACCCCACCACAGCCGGUUCGAAUACUGGAACUGGCGUGCGGUGAACAGCACACUCUGGCACUGUCUGUCCGACACGAGGUGUGGUCAUGGGGAACAGGUUGCCAGCUUGGACUGCUAACAUCCACCUAUCCUGUGUGGAAGCCUCAGAAGGUCGAGCACCUGGCUGGAAGACAUGUGCUGCAGGUGGUCUGCGGGGCCUGGCACAGCCUGGCGCUUGUUCAAUGCUCUUCUCUUCCUACAGAGCACCGGAAGCCUGAUGAUAAAUGUGGACAGUGUAAUCAGUCACUUUAUACCAUGACUGACAAAGAGGAUCAUGUCAUCAUCUCCGACAGCCACUACUGCCCGCUGGGGGUGGAACUUGAGGAGGAGGACAAAUUAGACACGGAGAACAGCCUCGCUCAAGGAAACGUUGGCAAAAUUAGGAGUUCCCCGUCUGAGCCAGUUUUAUCUUCUCAUAGCCAGAGCUUCAGGACAGCUGUUUCUUUUCAGGAUCAGGUUCAUAUCAGUGGGAGAAAAUGUGACCAAUCUGCCUCUAAUGAUCCAGAGGUAUCUGAGGUUUCGUUGACUAAUGGAGAGGUGUGUGAAGCAGCCCAAGACCCAAGCACCACUCAAAAAGACAAGAGCUUAACAGGGGCCAAAUCCUUUCCUUAUCCAGAUGAGCAAGCACUCAAAGACUACCUGAAAAAGCUUUCUGACCAGACACAGGCCGAGCACUUGUCUAAGAACCCAACUACAGUGCCGUGUGUACAGGCUCAUGCUGAUCAUGCAGUUUUCGCAUCUGACUCAAGCGCCCCUGUGGCCCAGUCAGUAACUCCGAUGAGUUCUGCCCUGAACAACCUGGUGGUUUCGUAUGCAUCCGCUGUAGGGGAGAGAGUAGCAUCCACAUAUGAGGCUCUGUCUCUUAGAAAGGUCAUCAGCUAUUGGGGUCCGGGCGAGGAGCGCGUGCGUCAAGAGGAGCACAUGCAAGGCAAGAAAAGCUCAAGCCUGGGAGACAUCCGAGAGGAGGACGCAGGGGGGCUCAGCCGCCGCCUUUCGCUCCCUGGUCUGCUCUCACAGGGUACAUUCGCCCUCCAUAUCUUUUGCCACCACAUGUUGUCCCCACGUCUCUUGCGGAGGGUGAGUCGGCAGCGUGACCCAGCCGUCACGCUCACCACGGCUGGCGUGGCUGAAUCAGAUGCUCGUCUGCCCUCUCUUCAGACUGAGGUGUGGAGCUGGGGACGGGCUGAAGAGGGACAGCUGGGACAUGGUGACGUCUUGCCCAGACUGCAGCCUCUGUGUAUUAAGAGUCUGAAUGGUAAAGAGGUAGUGAGAGUGGCAGCUGGUGCUCUUCACUCACUCGCCCUAACUGCACAAUCAGAGGUGUACUCCUGGGGCAGUAACAGUUUCGGUCAGCUGGGGCACAUGGAAUCUCCCAGCACCAUCCCUCGUCUAGCCAAGCUCUCUGAGGGAAUUCGUGCAUGGGAUGUGGCAGCAGGAGAGCAUCACACUCUUCUGUUAGCUGAUGGAGACUGUCUUCAGCCAAUCCUGUACUACAGUGGACAGCAGGUGAAGGAGGGAUUAGAUGAGACUUCACAAGAGCAGACGGGAGAUUACACCCAGCAGCCGGUCCUACUGCCCUUCUGCAUGAAUCUUGGCUAUGUGAGCAGUGUGUUUGCGGGUGGGCAGCUUUGUGCAGCGCUGGCUGACCGUAAUGUAAUUGGCUUCAUUGCUAGCCUGCACGAGCUGGCAGCAGCCGAGAGAAAAUACUACUGUAAACUGACGAGCAUCAAAAACCUCCUUCUGCAGCCACUGCUCAAACUGGAUUCUUUAAGCUCUGCGCUGGGGGCCUUCUGUACUGGACUUCUACAAAAUCUGAUUAGUCGCUUCAGUCGUCUGUGUCAGUUGACGGGUCAGAACUCGGCCGCCUUAACCUCAUUCCUGAGGCGCUCACAUGAUCUUAGAGGGCUUGUUGUCCUUGAAAACGCACAUCUGUUUCUGGACACAUAUUUUGAGUACAGCUCUGCAGUGGGAAACCUGCUGGUUAUGGGAGGCUUUCAGGCAUUUGUAAAACCUUGCCAGGAUAUGUUUGGAAAGGGGACAGACAUUUUACAGAAACUGUCUGAGUGUUCUGAAGACGGGGCCAUGCUGGCCGACAUUCUGGUUCAUCUUUUUUACCUGCCCAUCCGUCAUCUCCACGAUUAUGGCCACCUUCUUCUUAAAUUAGCAUCAUGCUAUGAGUCGAGCUCUGUGGAGUAUCAGAAGCUACAGGAGGUCUCUUCUAAGUAUGAAUCUCUUGCUCUUCACCUUAAGAGGAAAAGGAAGGAGGCAGAGUACACACUACACUUUUGGAAGAGCUUUCCUGGAAAGAUGACUGACUCACUGCGUAAGCCGUCUCGUCGCUUGGUGUGUGAGAGCAGCAAUAAAGCUCUGACCCUGCAGAACGCUGGCCGCUUCUCAGUCAACUGGUUCAUCCUGUUUAACGACGCUCUCGUUCACGCACAGUUCUCCACACAUCAUGUCUUCCCACUAGCCACGCUGUGGGUGGAACCAAUAUCUGAGGAAAACACUGGCCUGUACGGCCUAAAGUUGACCUCACCUGAGGAGAGCUUUACACUUCUGGCCUCGUCACCAUCAGAAAAGGCCAAGUGGUUACGGGCCAUAAAUCAGGCCGUGGAGCAGGCAUUAAGUGGAGCAGGGUCAGACACUGUCCCUUUUACCUCGCGGGCAGACCCACCCAUCUCUCGAACCGCCUUCUACACGUUCUAUAAGGACAGCAGAUUAAAGGAAGCCAAGUUUGAGGGCCGCUGGGUGUCAGGCAAACCUCAUGGCAGAGGCGUGUUGAAGUGGCCCGAUGGGAGGAUGUAUACUGGAACAUUUAAGAAUGGACUCGAGGACGGCUUUGGUGACUACAUUGUUCCUAACAAGAGCCUAAACAAGGAUGAUCAUUACCAAGGGCAGUGGAAGGAUGGCAAGAUGCAUGGCUUCGGGACCUUCAGGUAUGCUACAGGAGAAGUGUAUGAGGGCUCCUUUCAGGAUAACAUGCGUCAUGGUCAUGGCAUGCUUCGGAGUGGAAAACUGAACUCCACCUCCCCCAGCGUCUUUAUCGGCCAAUGGGUGAACGACAAGAAAACUGGCUAUGGCGUCUUUGAUGACAUCACCAGAGGGGAGAAGUAUAUGGGUUUAUGGCAGGAGGAUCAGAAGCAGGGAAACGGCGUAAUCGUCACUCAGUUUGGACUGUAUUAUGAGGGCGCCUUCAGCUGCAAUAAGAUGAUGGGUACAGGUGUUUUGCUUUCAGAAGAUGACACCACAUUCGAGGGGGAUUUCUCAGAAGACUGGACUCUCAGUGGAAAGGGUACUUUGACAAUGCCUAACGGGGACUACAUCGAGGGUUACAUCAGUGGAGUGUGGGGGACUGGCCUGAAGAUAUCUGGGUGCUACAACAAGCCCAACCUGUACGACUACGAUAAAGAAAAAAGACGUUCACUUAAACUGGGCCGGUUAGCUGUGCACCCGGAGGAGAAGUGGAAGGCCGUGUUUGGGGAGUGCUGGAGCAGACUGGGCUGUGACAUUCAAGGGCAGGGGGAGACCAGGACUGCCUGGGACAACAUUGCUAUAGCAUUAACCACUAACAAAAGACAACACAGAGACAGUCCUGACCUUCUGAGUCGGUCCCAUAAUAAAACUCUGGAAAGUUUGGAGUUUAUCCCUCAGCAUGAUGGUCCUGUUACCUUAGAGAAAUAUGAAACCAUUCGCCGAUACCUCAUUAAGGCGUGUGAUACCCCGCUGCACCCACUGGGCCGGUUGGUGGAGGAUCUGGUUGCUGUUUAUCGGAUGACUUACGUGGGUGUUGGAGCAAAUCGUAGGUUGUUGCAGCAGGCCGUCAAUGAGAUUAAAUCCUACCUCAACCACAUUUUUCAGAUUAUCAGAUUCCUUUUUCCCGAUCUUCCAGAUGAAGGAGGGUUGCUUACUGAAGCUUCAAAUGCAAAGAAGGAAUCAGAGUCAAGUGAAACCAAGCUAGAAUCUCCAAAACCUGGUCGUGUGGUCAGUAGUUCAGCCCUUCUCUUGCCCAUCUUGCUGCCACGGCUCUACCCGCCACUCUUCACAUUAUACGCUCUAGAAAAGGAGAAAGAGGACGACGUGUACUGGGACUGUGUGCUACGCCUCAACAAACAGCCCGAUCUUGCUCUUCUCGCGUUCCUCGGAGUCCAGCAGAAAUUCUGGCCUGUUACCAUCACAGUGCACAACGAAAAACAAAAGGUUCUAUCCAGCACUAAAGAUGCUUGUUUUGCUUCAGCAGUCGAGGCACUACAGCAGAUCAGCACGACAUUCACCCCCUCAGACAAGCUGCAGGUCAUCCAGCUGACCUUUGAGGAGAUAACUCAGGAGGUGCUGUCCUUGCUGAAACAGGACUUUCUGUGGUCCAUGGAUGAUCUGUUUCCUGUUUUUCUCUACGUGGUGCUGCGUGCUCGGAUUAGAAACCUGGGCUCAGAGGUCAGUCUGAUAGAGGAUCUCAUGGACCCUUGUGUGCAACAUGGCGAGCACGACAUCAUGUUCACCACACUUAAGGCAUGUUACUAUCAGAUUCAGCAUGAGAAGAUCACAUGAGGAUCUGAAUAUUCACACCAGCCACCACCUUCAGACUGUAAGUACAGCUGUGCAAGAGGCUGAACUGGAUAAUCAACUGACUGAAUGAUGGGAAAACCUGUCCAGGUUCCUCAUCCUCUCUGUCUGCACAGCACAGAUCCAACGGUUUUAUUUAUAUUACAGAAAUUCUAAUAGAUUGUACAUUUCCA